CGAGAACAUCAGUGGAUAUUGGAAUGUUUUUGAUUCCGCUCUGAAAUUCAAAUUUCGCUCUCAAAAUCUCACCCAGGGUUUGCAACAACCCUCGCUCAUGAAACCACCCUUGUCCUACUACCCUCUGGUAAUUUCUACAACCCCUCGGCGCGCGCACGUCGUGAUGAAUCCGUGAACUCGUUUCGAUUUAGCCCUACUAAAGCCAGACAUGAUCCACUGUAGCCUGUAACUCAACAAAUCAACUGUUGACAGUCUCAUCCGGUUGUCAACGACGCCGGAUGUCGAUAUCAGUGAUUCACGUGCGUGAUUGUUUGUUUAUCAACCACCAGUGACUCAGUCGUGAACAACUUUAGUACUGAAGAGAAAAUGUCUAGUAGUGUGUGCCACGCUCCCUUGCCUGCGCGCAUGGAAGCCUUUACCACGAGGAUCUGCCUCAGAGCGGUUGAUCAGUAUGAACGCCUCCUUCAGACUCAUUUCAACAAGCCUUCCAAAGAAGAACAGACGCGUGUGAGCCAUGAAUCUUCAUCGCCCAAGGAUGGACGUCGACACAAGGAUGGCUCUCGAGCCACUAACUCGGCAGUCAACUCUUUUCGCCAGUGGAGGCGAAGUGCUUCCGCUGGAAACAGAUCUAAUCCAGCUGGAUCAAAUACCGCAGCCCUCGCACGUCUGCUCAACGAUCCAAACACGAUCCAGAAACUAGAGCAAUUUCCUCUCGUUCAUUCCGAUGCCACCAUGCCGGAUGAAGACCUGUCUCUCAAGUUUCUUGCUCUGAAUGCUUUGGACUUAACUGCACCAGCAAGUGACAUUCUGCUGAAAAACAGACUGAAAUCAUGGUUCCAACUAUCAGGACAUCCAUCUAGUUUUGCACCAGCUGGUCCAGGAACAGUUUGGAAAAGAAGAACCGGAGGUUCCGAAAACACGGAAAGAAGUGUCUACGAAUUUUUGAGUGAAGAUGAUGCUAUGAGAGAUUAUAUACCUAGGUACUACAGGGAAGUGGAAUACAAAGGAGACACCUUCAUUGAACUUCAAGACCUACUCUUUGGAUUCAGCGAUCCCCACGUGAUGGACAUAAAAAUGGGCACGAGGACGUUUCUGGAAUCGGAAGUCUCCAAGACUAUUGCUAGGUCAGACCUUUAUCAGAAAAUGAUCAUUGUUGAUCCAAACGCUCCCACUGAUGAAGAACACGAGCGCCAAGCUGUUACCAAACUUCGCUACAUGCAAUUUCGAGAACAACAAAGUUCCACCUGCAGUCACGGAUUUCGAAUUGAAGCUAUGAAAUUACCUGGAUCUCCUCCUAUCACUGACUUGAAGAAGGUCAAAUCGCAUCGGGAAGUUUUGGAAACUAUGAAGAUCUUCCUGGGAAAACGUGCUGAUGUGAGGAAAAAGUUACUGGAUCAUCUCGUAGAAUUGAGAGCGAGAGUGGAAAGGUCUAGCUAUUUUCAAACGCAUGAGGUGAUCGGAAGCAGUAUUUUCAUGAUUUACGAUCACGAAAAAGUUGGACUCUGGUUGAUCGAUUUUGCAAAGACUUACGAAGUUCCAAAUGGCCAAAAAUUAACACACAGAAGUCCUUGGAAGGAAGGAAAUCACGAAGAAGGAUUUCUUUUCGGAAUUGAUAACCUAAUUUCCACAAUUAAAGAAGUCAAUUUUUUAUCUUAAAUAAUAAUCAAAUAAAACCUACACCUUCAUAGACUGAUACAAUUAUAUGAUUCUGGUAAACUCUAAUUUAUUUAUUUUGGUCUGAUUAUACUGUAAUUAUAAGGUCUACAAAAAAUAUAUAUACAAAGAUUAUAUAUAGGUAUGUGUAUUAAUAUGUGUGUACUUAUAAAUAUUAUUUAAAUUUUUAACGUUUUACAAUGUUAAGUGUGAAAUUUAUAACUUUAGAUUGCAUUUCAUAAUUCGUAUCAUAGGAAUUUAAUUUUUAAAGAAUAGUGAAUUUUGGAAAAUAUAUACUCUCAUGUACAAAAUUCAGCAAUUGUUAGAUAACAACAUUGACAAAGAUUCGUCGAUUCAUUGGGAAGUAAUUUCUCUUUGAAUUUUGUAAUUAAUACUCCUUGUUUUCAGUUUUCAUUCAUUUAAAGUAUCCGAUGAGUUGAAAUAGAUUUUGUAUUAAAAAAUUGAUUU